GGAUCUCACACUGCACGUCCACACUGUGUUGUUUGUAAAUGAUGUCUCUGGGAGUGUGGAUUUCUAGAAUUUCAAGUGUGAGUGAAGGUCCGGACGUGUGUGGGCCUCAGCUCUGGCCUUGACAGUGAACUUUGUGGCUGUGUUUCGGAUUUCAAAGAUUUGCCCCAUAGCCGGGGUGUGAGUCGAGUCCUGCAUUUUUCUCAAUGUUGUGCACUCUAGGAAGGAAGGCUUUUCAUAGGCGUACUUUAUAAGGGGUGCCUUAAGGCGAGGAGCUCAGACAUGGCCUCGUAGAGAGGCUACUCAUCACCGUCAGCAUCUGCAGCUUUAUUGAGAGUUUCACAAUUUACUUGGUUUACAACCUUGUAGGAAACCUUUACUACAUUUUUACUGGAAAUACUAUUAUUCAUGUUAAUUUCGGGGGCUGGAGAGCUGAGGGAGAGCCAGUUUCCCCAAAAUUGGACUUCUCAGAACCUUUAAUAUGCUAAUGUGCAUUGUGAAUCUCCAAGAGGGGGAUAUGAUAUGCAGCAUUCUUGAAUACUUCUAAUGACAGGGAGCCCACUACCUCAUAAGCUGCAGCAAGAAGAGUUUGUUAUUUUAAACGGAAGCUGAAGAAACUAUAGAAUUAGCAGACAUAAGAGAAAGUGGAGAAGGUAGAGGAUGGAGUUGCAGACUCUCCAGGAGGCUCUUAAAGUGGAAAUUCAGGUUCAUCAGAAACUUGUUGCUCAAAUGAAGCAGGAUCCACAGAAUGCUGACUUAAAGAAACAGCUUCAUGAACUCCAAGCCAAAAUCACAGCUUUGAGUGAGAAACAGAAAAGAGUAGUUGAACAGCUACGGAAGAACCUGAUAGUAAAGCAAGAACAACCAGACAAGUUCCAAAUACAGCCAUUGCCACAAUCUGAAAACAAACUACAAACAGCACAGCAGCAACCACUCCAGCAACUACAGCAGCAGCAGCAGCACCACCACCACCACGCCCAGCAGUCAGCUGCACCCUCACCCACCUUGACCGCUUCACAGAAGACUGUAACUACAGCUUCUAUGAUUACCACAAAGACACUACCUCUCGUCUUGAAAGCAGCAACUGCGACCAUGCCUGCCUCUGUUGUGGGCCAGAGACCUACCAUUGCUAUGGUGACCGCCAUCAACAGUCAGAAGGCUGUGCUCAGCACUGAUGUGCAGAACACACCAGUCAACCUCCAGACGUCUAGUAAGGUCACUGGGCCUGGGGCAGAGGCUGUCCAAAUUGUGGCAAAAAACACAGUCACUCUGCAGGUUCAGGCAACGCCUCCUCAGCCCAUCAAAGUCCCACAGUUUAUACCGCCUCCUAGACUCACUCCACGUCCAAACUUUCUUCCACAGGUUCGACCCAAGCCUGUGGCCCAGAAUAACAUUCCUAUCGCCCCAGCGCCUCCUCCCAUGCUUGCAGCUCCUCAGCUUAUCCAGAGGCCUGUCAUGCUGACCAAGUUUACUCCCACAACCCUCCCCACAUCCCAGAAUUCCAUCCACCCUGUCCGGGUCGUCAAUGGGCAGACCGCAACCAUAGCCAAAACGUUCCCCAUGGCCCAGCUCACCAGCAUUGUGAUAGCUACUCCAGGGACCAGACUCGCUGGACCUCAAACUGUACAGCUUAGCAAGCCAAGCCUUGAAAAACAGACAGUUAAAUCCCACACAGAAACAGAUGAGAAACAAACAGAAAGCCGUACCAUCACCCCUCCUGCUGCACCCAAACCAAAACGGGAAGAAAACCCACAGAAACUUGCCUUCAUGGUGUCUCUAGGGUUGGUAACACAUGACCAUCUAGAAGAAAUCCAAAGCAAGAGACAAGAGAGAAAAAGAAGAACAACAGCAAAUCCAGUGUAUAGCGGAGCGGUCUUUGAGCCAGAGCGUAAGAAGAGUGCAGUCACCUACCUAAACAGCACAAUGCAUCCGGGGACCCGGAAGAGAGGUCGUCCUCCAAAAUACAAUGCAGUGCUGGGGUUUGGAGCCCUUACCCCAGCAUCCCCCCCAUCCAGUCAUCCCGACUCCCCUGAAAGUGAAAGGACAGAGACCACAUUCACUUUCCCUGCACCUGUGCAGCCUGUGUCCCUGCCCAGCCCCACCUCCACGGACGGUGAUAUCCACGAGGAUUUUUGCAGCGUUUGCAGAAAAAGUGGCCAGUUGUUGAUGUGUGACACAUGUUCCCGUGUAUAUCAUCUGGACUGCCUCGACCCGCCUCUAAAAACCAUCCCCAAGGGCAUGUGGAUCUGUCCCAGAUGUCAGGACCAGAUGCUGAAGAAAGAAGAAGCAAUUCCAUGGCCUGGAACUUUAGCAAUUGUUCAUUCCUAUAUUGCCUACAAAGCAGCUAAAGAAGAAGAGAAACAGAAGUUACUUAAGUGGAGUUCAGAUUUAAAACAAGAGCGAGAACAGUUAGAGCAGAAGGUGAAGCAGCUCAGCAAUUCUAUAAGUAAAUGCAUGGAAAUGAAGAACACCAUCCUAGCCCGGCAGAAGGAGAUGCACAGCUCCUUGGAGAAGGUAAAACAGCUAAUCCGCCUCAUCCACGGCAUCGACCUCUCCAAACCUGUGGACUCUGAGGCCACGGUGGGGGCCAUCUCCAACGGCCCGGACUGCACGCCCCCUGUCAGCGCCACCGCCUCCACGCCUGCCCCGUCCCCGUCCUCCCAGAGCUGCACAGCGAACUGUAACGCGGGGGAAGAGACUAAAUAACAGAGCCCUCGAGAAGCCACGGGAUCCCGGCGGCAAGGAGAGCGAAGCACUGAAGACUCUAGAAAAGCAAAGCCGGAUCGCUUCUGGGAAGUACAGAAUUCUUUUGGUUCUUUGGUUCCAGAGAGAGAGAAGAUGCUUGUGCCAGGUGGCACCCGAGUUUGCCAAUUGAUCCUUCUUAUUCUGUGUGUACAUGCAAAGAUUGGACCAUGUUACAUGAAAUAGUGCCAGCUGGAGGUUCUUUGCCAGCACCAUGCCAAGUGAAAUAAUAUAUUUACUCUCUCUAUUAUACACCAGUGUGUGCCUGCAGCAGCCUCCACAGCCACGAUGGGUUUGUUUUUGUUUUGUUGGGUGGGGAGCAGGGAUGGGCGGAGGGAGGAGAGCAGGUUUCAGAUCCUUAUUUGCCGAGCCGAGCCAUUUGUCUAGGUAGAGAAGACAAGUCCAAAGAGUGUGUGGGCUUUCCUGUUUCUAAACUUUCACUACUAUCAAACCAAAAAAAGAAAAAAAAGAAAUCGAGAUUUAACCAACCCCAGUGCCCAGGGGCGGGGCGGGGCGGGAGCGCGGGUGGGAAAUCUCUCCAUAGCAGUAUUCGUGUUGUCGCCAGGGGCACGGGAAGGCCGACAGCUUCUCCUCCCCAGCUCUGCUCCUGCCGGGUGCCCGCCGCCUCCCAUGCCUCUGCCUCCCCUUAUCCCCUGCGUGGUGUCUCGCAUUCCCAGACCGCGCCCCCUCAGUCCCUGGAGACCGAGGCAAGCGGCCCUGCUGGCCUCGCCCCGCCUGAGGCAGGGAAGAGAGGUGUGCACGGUCCAGGAAGGAAAUAGGGUGAAUUGGUGAUUUUACUUGAAAACAAGCGUCCGCCCUCUUUUCUGUAUUUCUAAGAGGACCCUGAGCGAAGCAGCACGACCCAGGUGUGUGUGAGUCGAACGGAGAUGUUUCUUUCCUUUUUCUUUCUUUUCUUUUUUUUUUUCCUUCAAAGAAAGUUUUAUUUUGUUACUUAUUUUACUUUUUUGGUAACAAAAACUAAAAUAAGGAAUAGAAAAGCAGUUUUUCAGGCUGACAGUCCAGUUAAGGUAGUCAAGACCUUGCAUGGUAGAAUAGGAAUCAUAGUGUCAGUGAGGUCAGUGAGUCUUUGUGAGUCCUGUGUCAUCGUUUGGGCACUGUUUUUUUAUGCAAGGGCAAAAAUCUUUGUAUCUGGGGAAAAAAACAACUUUUUUUUUAAAUUAAAAAGGAAAAUAAAAGAUACUGAGGUCUUCCUAGUGUUACUUAAAGAUCAAGUUAAGAAACAUUGUAAAAAAAAAUUACAAAAGUGCUAUUUGUUUCCUAAAAACAGUGAUUUCUAUUAAAAAGGUGUCAGAACUGGAGAAAAUGCCGUGUAGUUAUAAUUUUUUAGCACAGAACCUGCUGAUCCUGAUGACAUUUUGCUGUGUUUGUGUCUCUGAACUGGUGGGCCAGUCCCCAGGAAGGGCCGCGGGCUCCCCGCGGCCCUCCCUUCUCACACAGACGGCCCUUUCUUCCUGGUUUAGGGAUCUCAUCUCCUGUUUUUGAGUCCAAAUGGAGUGUGCAUGGUAUCAGGGCCCUCCCCACAGUCUCCUCAGUUUCUGCUAGAGCAAAGGCUGGUGCCUCAAUAAGAUCCUUCCUUUGGUGCUGCUCUCGGUCUUUAAGCCACCAGCAUUACGAGUGCCUAGGGCACCUCUGAGGGGAAGGCCAGCCAGGCCCCUUGCUGCCCCUCGGUGGGUGUGGUGCAGGCUGGCUGCAUCAGCCCUUGGUGCUUUGAGAGAACAGAGGAGGAGGGAGGCGCUGGAGGGGACGUUCGUCUCAAGAGACAGAGCCGCUCGGCCUUGAGACUGUCUUGCUUUGGAGAGAGGUCGGGAGGCUCCACAUGUUCUCUGCCUGCUGGCUCCAGGCACCGCCCACCCGCAGCUCCUGGGCAACCCUGGGCUGGAAUCGCUGUGCUUGCCUUGGCUUGGCCUGUUGUGUCCUUUCCUUCUUGGGAAGACCAGGUUCUGAAAGGCUCAGGACGUCUGUCAUGCCGCGUGGGAAGUAAAUCCUGUCAGAUGUGUGUUCUCGCUGCAGCUCUUUGUCCAUUGCGUGUCCCUGCGGAAGGGACAGAAGCAGAAGCUCUGCCUGUGGCCCCGCUGCAGCAUCUCUUCCCAGGCCCUGUGAUGGCCAGAGUCUACAUGUGGCAGAAGAGGCCCCUUAGCUUCUCUCUCACCCAGUCAGGCCGAGAGAGACAAAGGUGGAUUCUGAAACAGCAACAGAAGAGAUGCUUCUUAGAGUAAUCGUGCUCAUCCUUGCCGGGUAUGGAAAGAAGGAUUUGGGUAUGGCUGCGUAGGCCUCAGAGGCAGGCCCUGGCUGCCAGGUUGGUUGAGGGGAACAGAGGAACCCCCUCUUCUCAUUGAGAAACCGAGGUGCUAUGUCUAGUCAGGGAGCCUUGGAGAUGCCUGGACUAGUUGGGGCGAUCAUUGGCAGGUGAUCUGAGGCCAGCAGAGGCUGAACGCCUGUCUCAGAGCACUCUGCAGACGUGUCUGGACCCAUAGGCUAGGGCUUGCCACACAGUACCUGUCCUUUCAGGAAAGGAGCCUCUGCUCCGAGAAGUGCGGGCUUGGGGACCAGGCCAGGGAGGGACCAGUUUUGCCUGCUUCUUUGAGCGCUGACCACUACCUUCUGACCUCACCUAAAGUCAAGGAACAUUUUCUCCCUAAAGUUCAGACACAAGCUGUUACGGAGUAUAAAUGGCAGCCCCGUCCCAAGCCUCCAUCCUGGGCUCAAAUUCUAAGAUACCACCACACCGUCACGGAAGGGCCCUGGCCACGCCAUCUCCUGUGCCUCACUGGUCCGCCAAACCAGGAGCUCAACUCUGUCCCGCCACACCUGUGGGUGCCUGUGACCCCCUGGGACACUUGCCCACUCCACCACCCCGCCUGAGCUGCCGCCUCCUCUUCCUCCUUUGCUUCCCUUGCUCUGACACCCACAAAUGUAAGACAGGCUGGCUCUGCUGCCACUGCAGGGGGCCUGGACUAGGAACCCCCUUUUGCCCCAGGUCAGGCACAGUCCUGCUUGGGGCUGGAAAGUCUGCUUAGCUGAGUCAUCUUCACAUUUGCGUUCUUGCUGCCUGCAGGUCCUUCCGCUUCCUCCGCGAACUGGGAGUCCCCAUGUCCUCCCUGAUCAGGCUCGGCCCAGGAGCUGGGGUGCUAUGGGGUCACGCUGCCGUCAUUCCUCCUUUUUAUUUCCUACCUUCACUUUGCAUACCUGGCCUGCAGGUCCUUUUUAUUCCAAGGAGCCUGCUGGGUCUUGCCUCACACUUCCACCCCAUUAAGCUCAUCUGAUUCUGAUUUCUUCCUUCCUUGUCAGGCCCUUGGGGGCAAGCCUGUCUGGAGGUGCCUGACAGUCCCUGCCGGGCCUCCCCCGUGUGGGGCCUGUCUCUAGCGCCUGCUACAGGGCUUGGGCAGCCUCCCUCUGGCCACCUCUCUGGCGCUGUUGCUACUUGGCUCAGGCCUGGGGAGUUCUCAGCACUGGCCCGUCUGCGGGUAUAGCUGCCUGUUCGCCACCUCUGGCACGCUCUUGGGGCCAUUGAGCCUCCUUGGGCUCUAGCGCCACCCCAGCUCACACACUCAACACAGUCUCUUCCCUUCACUCCUUUCUUGGGUGUGGUCCUCACUUACCUAAAGGGCUGAAUUUAGGAGACUUUCACUGCAGGGGCAGAAGGUGCCGAGGGUAGCAGGACUGAUGGUGGCCCAGGGACAUCUUCCAGGCCCUGGGCGCUCCAGAUCCCAUAGCUUUUGCUGGAUGAAGGCAACUUUGCUCUGUGUAAAUGACUGGGACCUUGCCCCACCCCUCAGCAGGGCACCCUGGCAGGAAACAGGAGUCCUGUACUCACUGACUUCAACCUUUCCCCCGGGUCACCUCUCUAAGGGAGUUGGUGGCCCCUGGCGAACGUCUCUGGCCUUCCCACUAGUGGUGGGGGGGCAUCCCUCGAGAACCAGGGCUCUCAAGUAACUUCUUGGCAGGGAGGCAGGGCUCGCCCGGACAACCCUCCCAAUGCUCUUCCCCGGGCUGCGCCCGCCCCACGGGUGAGGCCCCCACCUCCCCAGGGUCCUGGCUCCAGCCCAGGGUGCGUUGCAGUCAGGUGGGCCGGACAAGCAGGCCAUAGGUCAGCAAGCUCCAAGCGCAGGAGAGCCAGCCAGACCCCAAUCCUGUCUCUUGUCCAUGCCCUUUGUGAUUUCAGUCUUGGUAGAACUUGUAUUUGGAGUUUUGUGCUUCAAAGUUUUUGUUUUUGUUUGUUUUGUUUUUAUUUUGAGGGGG